AUGGACAAUACGGUGCUCACCUUAAACGAGUAUUUCCUCCUCGUGCGCGCUGAUGGUGACGUGCAUUCUAUUGAUGGCAAAAUGUUUUUCCAUUAUGUUUCAAUUUCAGGUGGAUCAUAUAUUUCUUUUCCCCUAGAUGAUUCCGUAAUCCAACGAUUUAAGUCUGCUAAUUCCUGUGAACCUUUUACAAUAAUAGAGGAUUCCAAUACUGCAGAGAGCUCUAGUGAAGAAAGCUUUAAAAUACGUAAUAUCUCACCUUUGUCGAGUGAAAUCUUUGACAAAAGCAACAAAGAGAUUUGGGUCAAAAAUAAUAAACCAUCACCACUGGAUAUUGCAGCCACACAUGACUUAAUUGAAAUUGUGGGACGUAAGGACAUUCAGAUGAUAUUAAAUGAUAAGAAAACUGUGAAGAAGAAGAUUUGGGAAAAAAUUGGUGUAAAACUAAAAGAAAAGUAUAAUUUUGGAACAAGAGAUGAAGGAUCUGUUUGCUCGCAGAAGUGGCGCAACCUUGAAAGUGCUGUGAUGCAUUUUUUACAGAAUGGUGCUGGCAGUUCUGGUAACGGAAAAGGAAAGAAACCAGCAUUUUAUGAUGAGAGGUAUCACCUACUCAUUACCUCUAAAGAGCAACCAGCGACGAUUCCGAAUGCUCCAAAUUCUUCAAAACAAAUGAACAUAAGGAUUUGUAAUACUGAGUCUGAAAAUGCAUCAUCAAAUGAAAACGAUGGAAACCCAUUCAUUCAUGUAAAGUCAUCCACGAAGCUAAAGAAACCUAGGAUUGAUAACACCUGCAUCCUGGAUUUUCUGAAAAAUGAGGCUGAGGAACGCUGUAAGCAAAAUGAAAGUUUAAUGAAACUAAUGCAAGAUUCAAAUGAUACUAAGAAAGCUUUUCUCAAUAUCAUUACCAAUAUGUUGAGCCACAACACAAGCUCAAACAAAACUACUAAUUAA